AUGUCCCACUGCCACGACGAACACGACCACAGCCACGGCGGCCACGGCCAUGACGAGCACGACCACUCGGACGACAUCACCCCGGCCCUUCAGCACUCCCUCUACGGCCACGUCAACUUCGACGAUGUGACGGCCCUCAACGAGUCGCAGAUCGGCAGCGCCAAGGCCGUCGUCAAGAAGACCUGGGCCGAGCGGCUCGAGGCCGAGCCCGAGGUUGUUAGUGAUGCGGACGAGCAGUUGUUGGUCAACGUCCCCUUCACCGGCCAGGUAAAACUCCACGCCCUCCUCCUGCGCACCUCCGACUCCCCCUCGGCCCCGCGCACGCUCAAGGUCUUCAUCAACCGCGACGACCUCGACUUCGCCACGGCCGAGGACGCCUCCGCGACCCAGGAGUUCGAGCUCUCGCGCACCGCCCAGGUCCAGGAGAUCCCCGUCAAGCGCGCCCUCUUCGGCCGCGUCCAGCGCCUGACCCUCUUCUUCGUCGACAACUUCUCCGACGGCGACGAGGACGAGACACACGUCAGCUACCUCGGCUUCAAGGGCGAGUGGAUGCAGCUCGGCCGCGCCCCGACGAAUAUCAUCUACGAGGCCGCCGCCAACCCGGGGGACCACAAGCUCAAGGGCACCGGGAUCAACCAGGUCGGCGGGGGCAUCGGGGGACGGCAGUGA